GUUUCAUUGCCUCCUGCAUAGUUUUGCCUGCAUCAAGCAGUGGUCCUUGUAUUUGUUUGUUACGCGUCCAGGUGAUAUGGUGGAGAAUAGCAAACGAAGCGCCUCAGACGCUGGCUUUUCACAAUCUGAUCCAGACGCUGGACGCACUCUUGAUGAUACUGACACCCGUGAAGCAUCAAAUGCGACUCAUGUCCACGUCGCAGAGCCUCACAAUAUGAACAGUGAAGACUCAAAAGCCCAUCUCUCACAAGACUGGGCCGUGGCUGAAUCCAAAUCUUCCCGAAAGAAAAGACGCAAAAUUGAACGAAAUGCGGACAGCGAUCCCAGCAUCUCCUUCAAAUCAAGAGCUGAGCGUGUUGAUCUCAAGGCAUUACAAGAUCUUGUUCUCUACGUUCUGGCGGACGGCAUCGCACCAACAUGGCUGGCUCUGAAGAACGCCAAGCAGAUCAAGAAGGUGGUGGUCUUGAUGGUUCCCACGCUCGAUCAGACGAUGCUUAAGGACUCGGAGCUAUGGGACCGCGUAUCUGAAGAAGGCGAGAUGGCUGAAUUGAACAAGCCUUGCAAAUCAUCACCAGGUCCCGACUCUGACUCCGCUUCUCAAGACCGAAAUUCAGCCCAAGCCGCUGCUUCAUCCGUCCACUCAUCACCAGAAGCAGCUCCGGAGUCCCCAUCCAUCCACCUCUCUGCCGAACGAGACUUGGCAGAUAGACUCCUGCAACACGUUAUCGAAGUUCGUGCUCCUGGAGAUUCACGUAUAAGCAGAGUACACUCCCCGCUUCAAGGCAUGCUCAUUGCGCCCUUCUCGGAAGCUUCCAAGCAGAAAGGGAAGAACAGCAACGAUGAAAAGUCUUUUCAAGGGACCCGCACUCCGAUUGUGGACUUUAUUCAUUCACUCAACGAACUGCGAGAAGCAGAAUAUCCGCUUCACCCUGCGGCAUUUACGGAUCCGAAAGAUGCGCAAUUGGAGAAGGAGCGAAGAGAGAAAACAGGCCAGUCUGCCUCGUCGGGUUGGGUCGACACCGAUGUCUCCGUCUUCAGACCUCACAUAUCUUCUUCUUCCCCUCCCAAGGCUCACGAUUUCUUGACGCAAGGUCUGAAGCCCUACGCUCUGGAUUGUGAAAUGGUUCUUACAUGCGAUGAUAAAUAUUCCCUUGCGCGCAUCUCUAUCCUUGACUGGGUGGGGAGAACCGUGGUGGACAGAUAUGUGAAGCCGUCGCUGGCCAUAAAGAACUAUUUUACAGAAUUCUCUGGCAUCACCAAGAAAAUCCUCGAAAAUGUCACAACGACGUUGGAAGACGUUCAGAAAGAGCUACUCGACAUUUUGAGACAAGAUACGAUCCUCCUCGGCCAUAGUCUCGAAUCUGACCUCAACGCGCUGAAAAUGACACAUCCGUUCGUGGUCGACACGUCAAUCAUCUACCCGCACCCACGCGGUCUGCCCUUGCGCUCGUCCCUAAAAUUUCUAGCAAAUCGCUAUCUCAAACGGGAGAUUCAAAGAGGCGGGAUGAGCGGGCAUGACAGUGUGGAAGACGCGAGAGCAGUGUUGGAUCUGGUAAAGCUGAAAUGUGACAAAGGGCCUACGUGGGGGACUUUGGAUGCGAACGGCGAGAGCAUCUUCCGCAGAAUUGGAGGGACACUGAAGAUGGAUGCCAAGGGAGAGAUUGUGUUGAAGACGACGGCCAUGGUGGAGUACGGGACACCAGAGAGGGGACUGGGACGAGAUGCAACAUACAAGAUUGGAUGUUCGAAUGACGAGGAGAUUGUCCAGGGUAUACUCAGGGCUACUCAUGGAGAUUCGACAGAGGAGGUGACACUUGCAGAAGAUGGUGACGAAAAUGGUAUUGCGUCGAAACCCUCUCGCCAUGAUGGAGAUAGAGCGCACCAAGGUCCCGGUCAGACCAUCCCGCCGGGCGGCGCUGAUUUUAUUUGGGCUCGACUUCGCGACCUCGAAGCCGCACGAGGGUGGAAUGUCCUCCCCAGCGACAACGUUUCCACUCAUGCGUCUUCCUCGACUCCCAACUCGCCCUUGGCGAGCGACCAAGCAGAACAUCUCAGAACCGCCGCGCGUCAAACCCUUCGACGCAUCUAUCAAACCUAUGCAAACCUCCCAAGUCGGACACUGCUCAUUGUCUACAGUGGUACCGGUGACAUGCGUCCGCUUCUACGGCUGCAAAAUAUUCAGGCCCAAUACAGACGGGAGUUCAAGGUGAAGAAGUGGGAUGAUAUCUCAGUGAAAUGGACAGAUGUCGAAGAGCAAGAGAUGAAAAAGGAGUGUGAGAGAGCGAGACGGGGAGUCGGGAUUCUAGCACUUCGAUAAAAUGCUACCGAGGAAGACGGAAGGGCUGCUGGACUUUCGACCCUUUACUCGACGAGGAUUUGCCGGCAUUGAGUAUCUAUCUGAUCGAUUUGCUUCCUUGGGCUUAGCGAAUCGUGUUCAUGCGAGAGAGGGAUUAACUCGGUGGCUGGCGAAUGUCUAAUACCAGACAACUGGCGGCGCCCCUGUAUGGUCCAAGUAUCAACGCUUUCGAGCUUCUAUGACGUUUCUUGUACGCACCGUCACAGCAAGACGUUCUUUUUCGAGGAUCUCUCGGAUCUGGCCUCUCUCGAAACAUCGAACGACUCAACGCCCCCUCCCCCUCCCCUAUGACGAGUUUCUCACUUCCCAAGCAUUCCAUAUAUAUCCCGCUUCAGCGACACCCUGUUAGCCUCACAUGGCAAGUUGUGUUCCAAGAGUUAUUGCGCCCCUAUUCUGGACGAGCCGAGAAAUAUCUCUUGUGUGGGAAUGCUCGCAAGAUCGGCUCUUGGGCUCAUACAGUUGCGUGAAAGCUAAGAAGGCGAACUGUUGCAUACUGGGGACGUCAGAGCUCACGAGUAGGCAGAAAGGGUCCGCAUCCCUCUAUUACUGCUCCUCGGGCGCGACAUUCCUUCCACCGACUUAGUUUGAGACAGUGCAGGUAACAAUGGCAACUCGACAUGGUGCUACCUACUUGGAAGAGCCCUCGCUGCGCAAGCAGAGUGUAGCUGUUAUCAGAAACUCCGUGUGGUCUGUGUUCAUCCUCCGCAGUCGACCGGUCCCUUCUCAGCACGGGAAUAUGGUUCAGAGCCUAGCACGUUGGCAUUGAAGGCGGAGGAGGAUUGAGCCCGAGUUCCAAACAAGUUUGAAUUGGACUCAAUCAGUC